UCGAAAGGAACUCUACUAAAAAUGAAACUCGCAAUGUUGUCCUGGAUAUUUUGGGCGAUGUUUUGGUGCAUCGCAGAGGCUCAAGUGCCAGGUCAACCCGAGGCUAUAGCUGCCGCCCAAGAGGGCCUGGCCGCAGCGGCAGGGGCGGGCGGACAACUUGGAGCCCACGGCGGCGGAGCGUCCAAAGCCGUUGAGGGUGGGCCUGGAGCUGAAAUGGACGCCGGCAUUGGGGCGGGCGCCGAGGUGAGUGCCAGUGCACGUGCCGGAGGAGCUGUCGGUAGACGCUAGAGACGCCCUUCCGUUUGACAUUUCACAAGCUUGCUUUGCUACUUGUUCUGGCCGCUAACACUUGUGCAUUGGGGGAAAUAAUUCCGGGAAAAAGAGGGCCGUCACUGCAGAGCUUGUAAUUAAUUACCACUGGUUGUGAAAUAAUGUCAAAUUUAGUUUAUCACACACUCCGCACACUUGUCGGCGCCAGAUUUUUUUUGGGGAGGCCAGUGUCAUAAUUGAUUUGAAAAUGCGGUGCGUCGCCACUUAAUGGUCACACCCAUUCCAAAAAUCGGCUCACUUCAAAUAAAUGCGAAACAAAUCAAAUACGAAUCGCUUUGGCAGUUUAAAAUCCAUUUAAUGCCCUUUUAUGAAAUACACCGAUUGUAUCGCAGGUGUGCGCCUGGAGGCAAAAACGGAAAUAGAAAACUCAUGAGCGAAUUUAAAAAUAUCAAAAAGAAUUUCCACAUAAAUCAAGUGAUCAAUAAAUAAAUAAAAUAUGUCAGGCACC